AUGCCGACGAUAGAAGAGGCAUUUUCUGCACUGAGUGGCGGUGCUGUGUUUUCUAAGAUUGAUUUAACGGAUGCAUACACCCAACUGGCUGUCGACGACGAUGCUGCAAAACUGUUGACAGUGGCAACACAUAAAGGGUUAUUUUCGGUGCACAGGCUGCCCUACGGGCUGAGCGCCGCACCGGGUAUUUUCCAAAGAAUGAUGUGUGAUUUGUUGACAGGAAUGGACGGUGUGGUUGUAUGGCUGGAUGACAUUCUAGUGACAGGACGCACUCGCCAGGAGCACGACGGGAGACUCCAUGAGGUACUCAAACGCAUCAGUGACAAGGGGCUCCGCGUCAACGCCAAGAAGUGCCAGUUUCACAAGUCUGAGUUGGAAUACCUGGGCUUCAAACUGGACAGCACCGGGAGGCAGCCCAUGAGGAAAAGAGUAGCAGCUAUCCUGGACGCCCCACCGCCAACUGAUGUCAGUGAGUUAAGGAGCUUUCUAGGGAAAUUAAAUUUCUAUGAUAAAUUUCUAGAGAGCAGGGCUACUAUUUUUGAGCCAUUGUACCGUCUAUCUGAUAACGACAAGGAAUGGGUGUGGGGCGAGGCACAGCAAAACGCUUUCGAAGAGGCCAAGAAGAUGUUAUGUUCUGCUAAAGUACUGGUGCACUACGACCUCAAACGUGAACUAGUUGUGUGCGCUGAUGGGUCCCCGGUGGGUGUAGGUGCUGUUCUAGCACACACUUUCCCUGACGGUGAAAAACCGAUAGAGUAUGCGUCACGAGCUCUGUCCAAAGCUGAGAAAAAUUACAGUCAAACGGACAGGGAGGCUCUGAGCAUUGUAUUUGCCGUGAAAAAGUGGCACAACUACUUGUGUGGCCGCCAUUUCACAAUCAUCACUGAUCACAAACCCUUGUUAGGACUAUUCGGCACGGACAAGCCCAUGCCAACUAUGAUUAGUCCCAGAGUGGAGAGAUGGUUAAUAAUGAUGGGAUGUUACAGCUAUACAAUUAAAUGGAGGCCCGGGAAACAGCAUGGAAAUUGUGAUGCACUAAGUCGCUUAUGUAUUCCAGGAACGGCUCCCGACAAAACUCCAGAGCCCUACGGAUUAUUUCUCAUGACAGGACUGAGCAGCCCACACCUUACUUGGCAGCAAGUGGCACAGGACACGGCGAAGGACCCCAUCCUCAGCAAGGUCAAGAAGUGGACCCAGGAGGGGUGGCCGACGCGCGACCCGGGCGGUGAGCUAAGUGUGUACUUUCAGAAACGAGAGGCGCUCUCCAUGUGCAGGGACUGCAUCCUGUGGGGCAUCAGGGUGGUCAUCCCCAAGGGCCUGCGCGAGGCGGCACUCAGGCACCUCCACGCCGCUCACCUCGGGGUGGUGAAAAGCAAGAGACUUGCCCGAGUCCUUUUCUGGUGGCCGGGGCUGCCGCUGCAAGUGGAGCAGAUGGUGGCGCACUGUCCGGCAUGUCAGGCCACAAGGGCAAAUGCACCAGCACUCCCAGUGACACCAUGGCCAGAACCAACUGGAAAGUGGCAACGACUCCAUAUAGAUUUUGCUGGGCCCUAUCAUGGUAAACAUUUCAUAGUGGUAGUGGAUGCCUACACACGGUGGAUGGAGGUAAAAUUUGUGAAGGGACCAACGUCAGAGGCAACCAUGCAAGUGUUGGAAAAUGUGUUCAACUUUAAUGGUUUUCCCCACACAAUAGUGUCUGACAAUGGGACGGCCUUCAAAUCGCACAAAUUUAACAACUUUUGUUCCACCAGGGGAAUCCGCCAGCUGUUUACCGCGCCCAGGAUGCCACAAUCAAACGGUCAUGCUGAAAGGAUGGUCCGCACUAUCAAGGAGAAGUUGAGUCAAGUAGGCGGCGCCAACACCCAAGAGAAGCUGGACAGGAUCGUGGACGCCCUGCGCUCAACACCGGGCCAGGACGGAGAAUCGCCCAAUCAGAGACUGUUUGGAAGGGAGCUUAGAACACCGGUGACACUGACUCACAACCGAGACGAGGAGGAUCAUGACCACACCGGCGAGGCCGUCGACGAGGACACCGGCAAGGCCGCCAACCAGGACGAAGUCUGGGCGGACACGGUGUGGAACGUCGAGGAAAAGGACCAGAGUGUCGACGCCACGGUUCGGGAAGAGAAUGCCAAUCUUACCACCGAAGGCGACGAGCAGAAGGCCCAACCCGAGCAACCUCAAGAUGAGGCAGGGGCCGCUAACAACGUGCAGGUCCAGGCAGAGGCCGAGCAACAUGACAAACAAGUCAGGCAUGGCAAAGGCCGUGGAAGACGAAGCCUGGACGUGCAGCCCUCCCCAGAGCGACCAGCUGGAAGAAAGCAACCAGAACGCUCAACAAGAAAUCCCAACCCGCUCUAUGUAGAAAGUACAAAUGAAUGGGGUGGAACUGCCCAAUG